GGCGGCGGAGGAGCAGGCGGCCGCCAUGGCUCCCGAAGCGGCGGCGGCGGCGCUGGCCCUGUCGCUGCUGCUGGCGGCCGCCGCCCGCCCCGCCGCCGCCGCCUGGGACCUGUGGGCACUUCGCUGCGGCUUCUCGGCGGACUGCGAGUGCGGCUUCCGGCCCGAUCUACGCGGUCUGGAGUGUGACUUGGCCCUGAACCUGGUGGGGCAACCCCUGGUGAGGCAGCAGGUGAUGAAGGGGGUGAAGGAGUUCCUGGAGAACCGGAAUCCGGUGAAACCCCUCGUGAUGUCCUUCCACGGCUCAACGGGAACGGGCAAAACCUUCGUGAGCUCCAUGCUGGUCCGCUACCUCUUCCAGGGUGGGCUGCAGAGCCCCUACGUUCACCAGUUCUCCCCCAUAGUGCACUUCCCCCACGCUGAGCGGAUAGAGCAGUACAAGGAAAACCUGAAGCGCUGGAUCCAAGGGAACUUGACAAACUGUGGACGGUCGGCCUUUCUCUUUGAGGAGAUGGACAAGAUGCACCCAGGCCUCAUCGACGUCAUCAUCCCCUUCCUGGGACCCUCAUGGGUUGUGUACGGGACCAACUACCGCAAAGCCAUCUUCAUCUUCAUAAGCAAUGCAGGUGGGGAGCAGAUCAACGAAAUGACACUGGAUCUGUGGCGUGCCCGCAAGGACCGAGAGGAGAUCAGCCUGCAGGACCUAGAGCCAGCCAUCUCCAAAGCCGUGUUUGAAAACCCUCAGAGUGGAUUCUGGAAAUCUGGGAUCAUUAAUAACCACCUCAUUGAUUUUGUUGUGCCCUUCCUGCCAUUGAAGCGCCACCACGUAAAGCAGUGUGUCAUCAGUGAACUUGUCCAGCAAGGCCUCGAAGUUCGUCCAGGCGUUGUCCAGGAGGUGGCUGACAGCAUCCCCUACUUCCCAGAAGAGGAGAAAAUAUUCUCAUCAACAGGCUGCAAAACGGUGGCCUCUCGGAUCAGUUUUUUCUUCUAGCCACUGGCAAGGGCCUUGCUCAGAUCCAUAGGGGAUGUACAUGGAGCUGUAAAGCAGCAGAGCCCAGGGCUGGUGGGAUGAGCGGUGGGAUCUUCAGGUUCUCUCUCAACACCACAAGUGCUCUCCUGCUGAACCCAUCCCUCCAGCCCUAAGGAGGUCGCUGCAGGAUGCAGUUGCGGGACCAAGUGCAAGUGAUGCAACUUAAAGCACUUUACUGAUUUAUCCUUGGCCAGUUGAGGGUGGCUGUGACCAGCCUGGCGUAUCACCCAAGACAUCUGUGACCACAAGGGGAAGGUGCAAAGAGGGCCUGCAGUGUCAGGGAGGAUUCUCAGCCUGUCAGCAGCACCCACCUGCAGCUCUCCCCUCUCCAGGCAGCUAUUGGUAGCCAACACAUCAAGAUUCUGAGCCCACAGAAGAAUACUUCUUUCCUACAGCAUUUUAACAGGUUUUUUAAAAACGUUUUUAAGUGUGGCUGUGCCUCAGCUCCUUGGUACAACGUGACAAUGCUGGUGCUGACUCCUGCAGCACUGGCCUGUCAACACCUUCAACGUCGCAAAGUGCUUUACAAGGAAGUUUUAGAGCCAGUUUUUUUCCAGCUUCCUUUCACUGUGAAUAGGUGCUGGUAGGGACCAGCUUCACCAUCAAUGAAUGUGGGAGAUGGCAAUAUCUGAUCUGCCAAGAGCCAGGUUCUUCCUUCCAUCUCUUUGUCGAUCUUUCCCCUGAGGUCCAAAGGAUUUCCCUGCAGCAAACCAGGAAAACAACAAGAAAAAGACUUCUCACUUGUUUUACCAGCUACAAAAAAACCUCAGUCCUACCUCCAGGGGAGCCAAUGGUGCCACUAACGGUUUUGGAAAUUCCUUUUAUUCACGGAUGAUUUCUACAGCAGGCUGAUAGUUGGUGCUAUGAGCUGUUGAGUCUCUUGUACAUCCUUCUGCUGGCUUUAGCUUCUGGGGAGUGUCACAACAGGGGACCUGGGGACAACCUGUGAGAAAAUCAGUGCUGCACACUGCCAAGCUGUGCCAACCUUUACCCAGGUUUUAGUCUCCUUUGGGAGAAAGGUCAGGUGAACCAGAAUCAUUCACUCUCUAGGAACGAACCGCCCAAGGGAUGGGUGCAGGGACAUUUCCCAAAGCCCCCAGUGCUCUGCUCGGGCCCUGUGCUGAGAGAAGCUGCCAGCACUUGGGACCAUUCCAGCUCUAGGGCCAGAGCCCUGGGGACAGCGAUUUUAAACACCACCCAAAUGCUGCCCAGGAACUGGCCCACAAACAGACUCAAAUAUCCUGCUUAUUCCAAAAAUGUUACGCAUUUCUAAUUUUAAAAUAAAUCUUUUAUGAAAUAAA